AUGUCGACCUUCGGCCAAUACUUCCGCGUGUCAACCUAUGGCGAGUCCCACGGCCGCAGCGUCGGCUGCAUCGUCGACGGUUGCCCGUCCGGUCUUCAACUCACGGAAUCCGAUAUCCAGCCCCAAAUGACACGGCGACGACCGGGUCAAUCUGCUCUCACUACCCCGCGCGAUGAGAAAGAUCGAGUGGCUAUUGAGGCCGGGACGGAAUUUGGCGUGACGUUGGGUUCACCCAUUGCGUUGAGAGUAAUGAAUGAGGACCAACGACCCAAGGAUUAUGGAGGCGGAGGCAAGAAUAUCGAUGCUUUCCCCCGGCCUUCGCACGCCGAUUGGACGUAUCUGGAAAAGUACGGCGUCAAGGCUUCGUCGGGCGGGGGGCGGAGUAGUGCGCGCGAGACGAUUGGACGAGUAGCGGCGGGGGCUAUCGCCGAGAAGUACUUGAGGGUUGCGCAUGGGGUGGAGAUUGUGGCGUUCACGUCGAGUGUGGGGUCGGAGUUUCUGUUCCCGCCUACGAGGGAGCAUCCGACUGCGGCGAAUAAUCCGGCCUUUUUGGAGUUGAUCGACGGGGUCACGAGGGAGAGGGUGGAUGAGUUUUUGCCGGUGCGGUGUCCGGACAGUACGGUGUGUAAGAGGAUGGAGGAGGUAAUUGCCGAGUUUCGGGAUAAACAGGAUAGUAUUGGGGGGGUCGUGACAUGUGUCAUACGGAAUUGUCCUUCUGGGUUAGGGGAGCCGUGUUUCGAUAAGUUGGAGGCGAUGUUGGGUCACGCUAUGCUUUCCAUCCCCGCGACGAAAGGUUUCGAGAUCGGCAGUGGCUUCGGUGGGUGCGAGGUCCCUGGCUCCACCCACAACGAUGCCUUUGUCAAGGCGCCCGCCGUCACGCCUGCGGAGGCAAACGGCAUCGCACAACUCACCCCCGAACAGCGCUCGCGCCGACCGCGCCUCACGACCAAAACGAACAAUUCCGGUGGUAUACAGGGUGGGAUCACGAACGGUGCACAUAUCUACUUCAACGUCGGGUUCAAACCCCCGGCUACUAUCGGCCAGGCGCAGCAGACGACGGGGUAUGAUGAGACGGAGGGCACGCUGCAGGCGAAGGGGAGACAUGAUCCGUGUGUGAUUCCGCGCGCGGUGCCGAUUGUGGAGGCCAUGGCGGCGUUGGUGGUAAUGGAUGCUGUGAUGGCGCAGUCGGCGAGGCAGAGCGCGAGGAGUUUGUUGCCGGUCUUGCCGCAGACGGUGCCGGUGGGGGAGUCGGCUAGCACGCUUAUGAAUGGGCGGCAAUGA